AUGAAAGGAGAAACCGCUGACGAGCUGAGCCGCAUCCAUAACGCCGUCACCACCGCAGUCAAUGCGCAGGAGAGCAUCGGGAGGCCCAUAAAGUCCCACGGAAUGGACCUCUUCAACCACCUGGUUGUCGAGCUCUUCGAUCAGCGUACGCGACUCGAGUGGGAAUCAUUUGUCUCGGAUUCCGUCGAGCCGCCGGAGCACGAGAAGCUCACGGACUUCAUGUCGAAGCGCAUCCUCACGCUAAACGCCGCGAAACCGAAACCCGCCGCGAAAGCUCCCGAUUCCACUCGGUCCGCGAAGACCCACGUCGCGAAACAAGGGUCGAAAGACAGCUCCGAUCCGCAGUGCGCCCUGUGCAAGGGGAAACACUCGCUGAUGACGUGCAGCGAUUUCAAAGCCAAGUCCGCCACCGAGCGAAAGACGGUUGUAGAGUCCAGUCGGCUGUGUUUUAAUUGCCUUGGCAAUCACACCGUCGCGAAGUGCCAAUCGUCGAAGAACUGUUUCACGUGUAAGGCUCGGCAUCACACGAUGCUUCACGAAGCCUACGUUCCCGCGUCGCCGUCUACCGAGGUCAGCGCGCUGUCCGCCGUGCGUUCUGCUGACGACCGCAAGGCGAUCCUCCUCGCAACCGCGCGAGUUACCAUCGCCGACCGCCAUGGAGACCCUCACCCUGUGCGAGCCCUCAUCGACCAAGGGUCUGAGGUCUCAAUUGUCGCCGAAUCUCUCGUGCAGCGCUUGCACCUGCAACGAUCUCGCUCCGCCGUGUCGAUUUUCGGAAUCGGGGGGUCGAAAUCCGAACCAACCCGCGGGAAGGUGACGGUGAGCCUUACGUCCGUGACGACCGGAGCCACAAUUACCGCCGUCGCGUUCGUGCUGCCCCGUCUUUCUCUCUACCAAGGCUCGGCGACGAAGAGCCCCGCCACGUGGCCCCAUCUCAAAGGGCUGCCUCUAGCCGAUGCGCAGUUUUCGGCUGGAGACCCGGUCGAGCUACUUCUCGGAGCAGAGGUGUGCUCCACCAUCCUCGAAGAGGGCAUUCGAAAGGGCGGACCGCACGCUCCGAUCGCGCAGAAGACGGCCUUCGGAUGGAUUCUCUCCGGUGGCUGCGGUGCUUCAGCCCUCCACACGCGCGGCAGCUUCCAAGCGACGGCCGACCACGAGUUGGCCGAUCUCGUGCGCCGCUUCUGGGAGCAAGAAGCAGAGCCUUCCGCUCCCGCCGCCCUCACGCCUGACGAACAGAAGUGCGAGGACUUCUACGUGAAAACGCACUCUCGCACGGAGACGGGGAGGUACGUGGUCCGAUUGCCGUUCUCCAAGAAACCGACGAAGUUGUCGGAGACACGCCGACCGGCUGAACGCCUGCUCACCGCAAUGGAGCGGAAAUGCGAGAAGGACCCCCGGUUCGGCGAGCUCUACCGCCAGUUCAUGCGGGAAUACGAGGAGCUGAAACAUAUGGAGUUAGCUUCCGAUUCUCCAGACUACAAGAUCAUGCCCGAGUGCUACCUACCUCACCAUGGUGUGCUCCGAGAAUCAAGCACCUCCACCAAGCUCCGGGUGGUAUUCAACGGGUCGCAGCUGACGACGUCCGGCGAGUCGCUGAACCAACACCUUCUCGUGGGCGCCAUCCUGCUGCCCGCUCUAGCCGAUGUACUGAUGCGCUGGCGGUGGCACCGCUACGCCUUCGUCACAGACAUCGAAAAGAUGUACCGGCAGAUCCUCAUCCACCCGGACGACAGGAAAUACCAGUGCAUACUCUGGCGUUGCACCCUCCGCGCUCUCGUGUGCGUGUUCUGGCUCCUGACGGUGACGUACGGUCUCGCAUGCGCGCCCUUCUUGGCCAUUCGAACGCUGAAACAGCUGGCCCACGACGAACAAUCGCGAUAUCCGCAGGGAGCAAUCACAUUGCGCGAGGACACUUACGUGGACGACGUUGUCUCGGGCGCGAACACUUUAUCACGCGCGAUCGCGAAACAAACCGAGCUCCGCGGGCUGUGCACGGCGGGCGGGUUCCCGCUUCGAAAGUGGGCCGCGAACGACGAGGAAGUGCUGUCGGGAAUUCCUCCCGAGCACCGACUUCGCCACGAACCGCACUCGUGGGAAAGCGAAAGUUUUUCCACUCUCGGACUGUUGUGGCACCCGACCGAAGACACAUUCGCGUUCGCGAUUCAUCCGCGCACUGUCACGUCGUUCACAAAAAGACGCGUUCUCUCGGAAACCGCACGUCUCUUCGAUCCUCUGGGAUGGCUCCCGUUGUGA